AUGUGGUUAUGGAGAUCCAUAAAGUGUUGGAAAACUAAAAAAGGCCAAAGCAAGUCAACGAAUCGUCUUGACGAUAUUUUACAACUUACUGAAAGUGGAAGGCAUCGGGUUCAACAAAUACAUGCUGGAAAUGAAGGCGAUAUUCAUGUUUGGCGAUGGGUUUGGUUUUGUUCUGGCGAAGGCAACUGCCAGAGAACUUGUGAUAGAAUUGAGGUUAUGCUCUCAGAAGUUGAAACAGAAUUUUCUAUGCAUAUGACCAUUAAAGGAAACCAUGUUCCACAAAAUAUAAUUAAAGAAGCAACUGCGCUAUCUCGAAUUAAUUUAACAGAUAAGCGUACAACGAAAGAAAUAAAAAUGAAACUCCUUGCAUCACAUAAUGGCGCCUCACAAUAUGAACUUGAACAUUUAUAUAACAACCAAAAUUCUAUAUAUAACAACAUAAAGCUUCGUCAACUUAUUGAAAGAGAUAACUUAUGUGCAAGAAAAACUGUAGGCCCAUGGUCAAUUAUACAUGAAUUGGUAACCAGCGUAUUAAGAGAAAAGGGUGCC